CACGAAGCACGAGCACUAUCAGUCAGUUAUUGCUAGUGGUACUCGUCAGUGACUCCUCGCCAUGGCCAUGAUCUCAAGUAUUUCGCUCUAAGCGAGCCGUGUUUUAAUGACACCUGGGCUCCUUAUUCGACACUCUUGCUUUGCACAUCCACCAACUCGCCUAUAUCCGUACCUCUCGACGACCCGACUUACAACAUGGACGACCCCGAUCUGUCGUGGCCGGCCUGGAAGUUCGGCCUCAAGAGGGACGACUUAUUCACGACAUUACAUGACCAAUACAACACCAUCUCCUACACCCUCCAAGACCCCGAAGCCUUCCACCACGACGUCUACGAAAUCUCCCAGCAUGCGGACACGGCCGAAGAAUUCCAUCGCUUCAUGGCGGCUCGGCAGCGGCAGCGGAUCACCGAACUCCAGGAGUCUCUUGAAUCGCUCGCUGUAGAGAUCAUUGCCAACCCGAAGUUGAUAGGUUCUGACCAGUGGCAGCACGCUCUCCAGCUUUUUCGGACCAAGUCCUACGACUCCAUUGUCAGAUACUUUGCAAGCUACCUCCCCGACGACUACCUUGAAAGCCAUAUGGCGUCUACGUCAUCGUCGUUUUCCGAAACCGAUUCUAUCCACACUACCAGCACAAAGGCCAGCAGCGCCAGCGAUGCAUCCUACUUCGUCGAUGACGACGACGAUUUCUUUCCUCAUGGCUCCCUCAUGGCCGAGCCUUGCGCGAUGAAUGCGCCAUAUAUGCCUCUAUCACCCGAAUCUGAGGGUUCACCUGCUGAAUCCGCCGAUUCACCAACAUUCACAUCAACAAACCCACCCUCGCGAUCCAUGUCUUUCUCCGGCUCGGACUCUGGCCGACUAAGUGCUCGCUUCAUUAGACGAUCUUUGAUUCACGACGAUGACGACGCAUCUCAAUCCGACGACUGCGACACCACAGUUACGUCUGUGUGUGAUUCUGCGGAAACUCGAUCUUCCUUCGAUCCCUCGGACGUCACUGAUGACGUCGCCGAUGGCAAGGAAGAACUACCUGUACACAUUGUAGUAGACGGUGAUGAGGAUGAGGAUGAGUUUCCUACCGCCCAGCUUCCCGAAGACGAUUUCUGCACUUUAGACUCAUUCGAUACCCACAACUCUUUCAACAAUACCAGCUAUGAUACCCUUGAACCCGACACCCCCACCCCCAGGCAAGUCACUGAAUCAACAAGUUAUCUCGACUACAAAACCCCCACGCCACGAAAAUCAUCCCCAUCACAACAACGCCCGUCUUACCGUCGAUCCCCAUCACCAAGGUCACUACUUUGUCGGCGGCGAGAGGGGAGUCCUUCCCACGACGUUCGGAGGAGUCCGGAGGAGGCGCUUAGCAAAAUACAGAAGCAACCGCUGGGAGAAUCCAUUCGGAGGAGACCCAAGAGCGGCAGGAGGUGACAGGCUUGACUCAAGGUGGCAGGCAUGCGGCGCGGCGCGCUGUACUUGUAUAUAUACCAUGAUGCUGAUUGUACAUAUCUGUCGUAUGACACUAAUGAUUUCAAAACC